AUCCAUGUUGCUUCCAGCUGUUGUUGGGUUAGGAACACUAGCCAACUGAUUCAUCUCCACUUCAUGUGUUUCCAGCCACUCUUAGAGAGCGAAGUCAACGGCUGACACGAGCAGGCAACAAUGAGUGUUGCCAGGAGGAAGUCGGUGCAGCUGAACGUGAUAUCGGCGGCAGACCAAAACAUGGGCAUCGGGAGGGCAGAGGUCCUGCCGUGGCACAUCCCGUCUGAGUUCCGCUAUUUCCUCGACAUGACGUCAAGAUCCCGCCGCGCGGGCCUGCGCAACGCGGUGAUAGUCGGCCGGAAGACCUGGGACACGAUGGAGCGCGUCGCGACCAGGCCCCACCCGGGGGCCCUCAACGUGGUCCUGACCAAGGGGGCCGCGGGGUCCCUCGGCCACCCGGACGCCUUCGCCUGCCCGUCCUUGGACCUGGCGGUGGAGCUCCUGGGUGGCCGGGAGGACAUAGACCAGGCGUGGGUGAUCGGGGGCACGCAGGCGUACCGCUCUGCACUGCAGUCCCAGCACUUUCACCGACUCUACCUGUCCAGGAUCGAGGCGGUCUUCCCCUGCGACAGCUUCUUCCCUGGCGAGUUCAACGAGCUGUCGUACCGGCGGGUCCCCGACGACGAGAUAGGCGACGACAGAGUGCCGCUAGGCCAGCAGACAGACGAGCAGACGGGCAUCAAGUACCAGGUGUGCGUGUACGAGAGGAAAAGUCUCCAGUAGUUGAAAAAAAAUUUCAUUUCAAUCAACAGUUUUACUUAUUUCACUAAACGAGCAUGACAGAGCCCAUUCAAGUGUGCAAAACAUUAUGGAUCUGCACACCAUGGUGUGGAAUGCUCAUAUCUACCCACCACCCAGUAACAGGUUUGGCCGAUUAAAAAAAACAAUGGUUUGAACCACGAUUUAAACCAUGGUUUAAACCAAGUGGUUUUUAUUAAUAAACAAAUUUUUAAAUAAAAGAUUUUUAAAAUAGAAUAUUAUAUUUUUUUUAAUGAAAGAUUUAAUUACACUCUAAUAGCAAAAGAUUGGGCAUUUGUUUGUUUCUUGUGAUUUACAGACACAAAAAAUUAUAUACUAAUCAAGAUCUUAUUUACAUUAUCUGAGUAAGUUGUAACCAUACCCAGCUAAAUACUCCUGUAAAAUUAAAUAUAAUUAAAAAAUAAUAAUAUAAUAAAAAUAUAUUAAAUAGUUAAUUCCUAUUCUGUAGGAAAUCCCUGACUGUACUAUAAAUCCCCAUUCUAUGGGAAACAUCCAUUCUAUGGAAAAUCUUCCUCCUUUUUGUGGUUAAGUCUCAGUCAGAUUCCCUGGACUUCAGUUCUUUGAUGUUAUAACUUUUCUGGUUCAACAUGAGUGGAAAAAAGUGGGAUGUUCAUUUAAACAUGAGAACCAAAAUAACUAACGUAAUAAAAAUACCUGGAUUAAACCUAAAAAAUACCUGGUUUUUAGUUUUUUAUAAAAAUAACCUGGUUUUUUCAAACUCUGGACAGUAAACAUAAGUAGGAUUUUCACAUACCAGGGAAAGCUGCAAAAGUAAUGUAGCACUUCAUAAUGAGAGGUUAUCUUUCUAGGAAGUGGUUAAUAGAUGAAAAAACCCACCACAAAAAGUUGACCAUUUUGACAUUGUAGUGUGAAUGGCUGCAUCAGGCGUAUCAAAAUACAGAGAGUUGGAAUUGAAUCCCCUGACUUCAUUCUGGUUUAAAAGUGUAAUUAUUUUUCUAAUUGCAUUAGUAUUUUUUCACUUGUGUUGUAAUUAUUAUUUUUUGGCCUGUUUAGUCAAAUUAGUUUUUAUGUUUAGUUCAUAAUUUUAUUUAUUGUAAUCUGUGAUUUGUUUUGGAACACGCCUAAACAGAAAUGACUGUUAAAUUGGUAGGACCUCAAAUGGUCUGGAAGGUCAGAGAAUUUUGUGGUUUAUUACAAUUUAUUUGGUAUUUAGCAAAUAGUAAGUACUUUUAGAGUAUUUUGUCAUAUUAAUUUUACUAGAACUUUUUAUAGUUUAAUAUUUUAGUACGGCUACCUCAGUAAUAAGUAGGUAAGUAAAAUCGUGUGCUAGAACUACUUUCUUGCAUGUGUGUUGACCUCAAGGUGGUCAUGUGUGCUUCUGUGUGAAGGCGGCGUAGGUGCGGAGGUUCAGUCAAGUGAGGUGUUAGCCUUGGGACGGCGCAGUGGACGCGUGAGCUGCUAUUUGCAUUCCGUGAGAAUACUUUCAACCGGGGUUGCGCGAGUGUAACGUAUUUGUGGGAAUCUCGCAUGUGUCGCUAAAAAGAGCUGUGUAACUACGACCAUGAUUAAACUACUGCCAAAAAGUGGUUGCUGACUUUCAAAGAUUUGUGCCCUAUGACACUGGGUGUCGUUGGGCAUGACCCUUACUGCAUUAGUGUGCUAUGCUUUUAGCAUAACUGAAGAAUUCCCCUACGAGUAAUGGAUUUGCAAGUAAAUGUUGGCCUUCCAUAUUUACGUACGUCCAUGGAAAACAGUACUUUUUUUCAUGUCCACGUUAGCGCCGAGCUAUUUGGUGUUUUCAAGCAUACAAUGGUGAGCUGUACCUUAGUGUUGGUCUUGGAUUCGCGAGACUGUUAAUAAGAAGGUUCACCUGCCUCCCCCAUCCCCCAACUGUCUAACCUUUAGUGAAUUUAUCAAGAAAUCGCCAUCGCCACUUACCGGACCUUUUACAAUAUAUAUAUUUUUAAAAUUGUUAUAAAACUUAAGCACACGAAGAGUUGACAUGACUGUGAUAUGACUAUUAAUAAGGUUGAGCCCGGGCUUUAAUGUCUACAUGUUUGUAAAAGGUAGCGUAAUUUUUAAGAGGUUUAUAUACAUAUAUUUGUAAUUUCCCUUUAACAUAAAAUUUAGGUAUUUUGUAUUUUUUUUAUACAUAUUUUUAUUGGUUUAGUCCUGUUAUAGAGUAUGUUCUGCAAAACAAGUCAAAGCCAUGUGUAUUUUUCCCUCUACGCAAUGUUUAAGUGUCUUUAUGAUUUUUAUAAUAAAGCUUUAAA